AUGCGUGUGCGUGCGAUUUCGAGUGUGCGACUUGCGUGACAGAAAAGGGGAUGGGUGAUGUCCUGUAUAUAGUGCCCAGUUCAGCAGCUUGAAACAUGAUCCAUCCGCGCCACGAGGAAGCAGUGCUUUAUAAGUAUUAUACAUUGUGGUGCCCGAGUCCGGAGAAAAAUGUAAAAAGGAACAGAGACUGAGACUGUAGAAAGAAUGGGAAACUGAAAACACCGCAUCAGCAGUGCCUAACAAAGCAAAGGAAACGAGUGGUGUCUCAUAUUCCUGCGUAUAGCUGAGGAGGAUGGAGACUUGCCCGUUGCGCCAGAGGUGUGGACCGAUAAGAUGAUCUUGUGGAUAGCAUACCAUUGCGAUUUUAUUGCGCACUAAUAAUAGGAACAUUUAUUUUCUGGAGGUUUGAGGACAGCGAUGGUCGCAUCACCUUCAACUACCCUAUUGAAUCUCAUUCAAAGGAUCCACAUCAUAAGAAACUCCGUGAAGACCUGGUAUUUUGGAUGAUAUGUCGAAAUAGGAUCGGUUUGUAUGUUAUGUAAAAAUUAAUAUAACAAAACAAACACUAAAACAGGCGGUUAUCGAUUGUAUGUUUACCAGUAGCCUAUGAUGAACUCUUUUUUUGAUACGUCUGCAGCCAUGAUUGCUACGAUUCCUGUCAGCGGUAUGUCCACUGCUGGGUCGGGCGCGGUAACCAGUGCGCUGCGAAAUGAUUUGGGGUCUAAUAUCCAUGUACUAAAGACACUGAAUCUGCGGUUUCGUUGUUUUCUUGCGAAAGUUCAUGAACUAGAGAGGAGAAACAAAUUAUUAGAAAACCAACUGCAACAAGCCUUGGCGCAACAAAGAUACCAAGUAUAUACCCGUGAGGUAGCUGUCCAAACUGACUCUCCUGAAUCUCGUCUGCCGGGUACAAUUUGGAGUUUCACGCACGUGCGAAGACACGGAGAGCGCUAUGAGACUCUCCACGGGCCCGGUGUAUCCUGGAAUCAUCCGGACGGCGUUGGGGUUCAAAUCGAUACCAUCACUCCAGAAAUAAGAGCUCUAUAUAAUGUGUUGGCUAAAGUCAAGCGAGAGAGAGACGAAUAUAGGAGAAAAUGGGAAGAGGAGCUAAACAGACGGGAGCAGAUGGAAUCCAUGGUGGAAUCCAUGCAGGAGAGUGCCCAGGAGUCAGAGGAGAUCCAAGAUGAACUGAAUGAGAAGGUGGAGAAGCUGAAGGCUGAGCUGGUGGUAUUUAAAAGCCUUAUGAGCGAUGGCGGUCGGCGUCAGAGUUGCCAAAAUGUCAGGAGGGAUCUGGACAUGAAACAAAUGUCUGAUCUGGACACUAAGAUCCAAGAGAAAGCCAUGCGGGUGGACAUGGACAUCUGCCGACGCAUUGACAUCACUGCCAAACUGUGUGACGUGGCUCAGCAACGCAACUCAGAAGACAUGUCCGCCAUCUUCAACGCCAGCCCGGCCAGGUCGCUACCAGAGAGGGGUGCCAUGGCAUGCUGCAAGAAGAAAGAGCGCAGACCUCUGGCUGACGAGGACAGCUCCGAAAUGGAUGCUGACCCCAGCACUAGCACCUCAGAGGAGGAGGUCGCUCUCAACAUCACUGACGAAAUGAAACGCAUGCUCAAUCAGCUAAAUGGUUCAGAUGAUAAUUUUGUUGCCAGUAGGGAGACGUUUGACAUUGACGAUGACUGUGACAGCCUGACGUGGGAAGAGAAUGAUGACACUCUGUUACUAUGGGAGGACUUCACCAACUACAACAUACAACACGGUGCCAUCAGCACAGCCAACGGCACAGCCAACAGCAACACAGAGGAACCUGUCUCACAGGAUGGAAGCCUGGGCAGCCUUAUAGAUGAGACAGAAUCUCUAUUCAAGACCAGAGAACAGGAGUACCAGGAGACCAUUGUUGCAAUUGAGAUGGAGCUAGCUACAGCAAAAAGUGACAUGAACAGACACCUGCAUGAGUACAUGGAGAUGUGCAGCAUGAAGCGGGGUCUGGAUGUGCAGAUGGAGACCUGCAGGAGAAUGAUCAAUGCAGGCAGGAACUCUCCCUCUGUCAGCUCAAUGGCCAGCAGCGACUCAGGGAACACUGAUGAAAUCAAGGACGAACUACUGGACAAGGACGGAGAGGCCGAGGAACAAAUAAGCUGAUGGCCGCCUUGCCUGGCUCCACCCCUUCCUACACUGCUGAUGGACAGCUGGGUACAGAGCUCCACCCUGCUUGGGGGUUGGCCAAACUGUUCUGGCAUGUAUGGCACUUUUGGCUGCAGGUCCUCGUGGUCCUAUUGGUCUGGUUCACUGUCUCAGGCCCGGAAAUGGUGCUUAUUGUCUCUGUUCUCACAGGAAUGUAGGGGGGGGGUAUUUUUGCUUCACAAGGGUUAUAAGGCACAGAUGUCAAAUAUUUGCAAAAUAUUGUGUGAGUUGUGCCCUCUUCCACAUUGCUGCCUUGCUGGUUCCUUAAACAUAACCAGAGCUCCAUAGAAACAUCCUGAAAAACAAUCAAAAUGAUUAAACCAAACCAGUCUAACUGGCUCACUUUUAGCAUAGUCUAAUUGUUUGCACUAUUAUCAUUUCGAUUCUGUUGGCCUGAGGUGAACAGGAAACAGCUUACACAACAACAAUUGCCAGUAAGAAUAUAUAUCCUUCUGAUUUUGUUUGUAAUCACCGAAAAUAUCAAAAGCAGUUAUUUUGUAAGUACAUAUGUCACAUCUCUACAUUGUACAUUCAAAUGUACAAUUGGGUAUUGAAAUAUUUUCACCAAAGAGAAAAAAAAGCUGCCUGUCUGGAGUCUGUCUGGUGACUGGAGAAUCGAGCACAUCCCUUUGCAUUACUGUAUUGUUCAGGUUCUAUGCAAUUUAUGAAACCUUAUUUCAGGAGGACAUUUAACUUUACUUGCUCUUCUUUUCAUGUCAUUAUUUGUCUUUUUAAGCUGGAAAUGUGUUUUCUCUCAGUCAGAGUGCCCCUGUGUGUUCUCAGAUAUAGAAGAACAACGGGAGGCGCAGAAUUAUUUCAGAGGAUGAAACUGCUGUAAAAGUGACCCCAUAGUUUCCUUUGUCAAAACCUUCCUUCCAUAUCUAUGUUCGUUUAGAGGCCAUAAACACUGAAAUGAUCUAAACCAAUAUGGAACAAGGUGGCAUAAAAUGUGUAGUUUUUGUAUUUGUAUUACCAUAUGCUGAUUACGUUCAUACUUAGCUUCAGCUUCUUUUAGCCAUUUUCCCUUAAAUAUAUAUGUUAUGAUUGGUAAAACGUAGUUCUUGGUGCUCCCUUGAGCUACUCUUUGCUAAGUCCAAAGGGCGUUGAACUUUGUUGGUCAGGUGUGGAGAGGACACUGAUGUUACAUUACAUGAAACAAUCACGUAAAACAGUCAGCAACAUGUACAUUGGUUAAUAGUACAUUGUAUUUUUUUAUUUUAUGCAAGUUAUACACUGUAAAAUGCAUUAUAUGUUUCAAAUGAUUUAACUUCUAUCAAUCUGGGCAACUAACCUCAGGUGGGCUCUCAUAACUACUGUCACCUGUAUGUCCAGCAGGGUGCACUGUUUCAUCUUAUCCAAUUGUCACAAGCCCGGGACUGAGCUUAGAAUAGUAUGUAAAUACAUAAAAAGCACAGGUGGUCGGCAUCUCAAUUAAGAUGGCCGGGUUCAUAGUUAUGGCUGAAAUCUAAUUAAUGGAAGGGUGUCAAACAUCAUUCACAUGGCUUUUAUGUGUUUGAUUCCACGCCAUUCACUUCAUUCCUGCCAUUAUUAUGUCAUUAUCAAUCUACAAAAUGUUUUCAUGGGGAUAGGGAGAGGUUAAAUGUUGAAUUGUUUUAUGCAGAAUCAAAGACAAACUAUGCCAUUUGUAUGUUUUGAGGUGUAAAAAGGUCAAAAGAAUGAAAAAUGUAAUUGCAUUCUCUUUAUAAGUGAAGAGGAGCUAUUGUAGUUGGUUGUUUCUCAAAAUUGUUUCAAAUUUGAACUGGUAUUUUGUAUUUGCAAUACAUCAGUCUUGCAACUCUAUGUCUUAAAUCAAAAGAAAAGUUAAAUUAAUGUAGAUUUAAUUGGGCCUACAUUCUAUGAAAAUGGAUUGGACAGAUGGAAUUAACUGGGCCUAUAUUCCAUGAAAUGGUAUUGUACAGAUUUAAUUGAAUGGGCCUACAUUCCAUGCAAUUGCAUUGUACAGAUUGAACUGAGUGUUGAGGAAUUGAUGAAAUAUGCUAUAUUGUGAUGGUGUACCAUAUCCAUGGUGAGAGGACUAAACUGGGAGGAAAUGUUCUAGCAUUGGAAAUUGUAAUUCAGUGCAUCCUCCAAUUAAAUUGGCUUAUCCCUCUUGAUGACCUGGUUGUUAAAUGGCUGAGCUCUUAUAAUGACCAGGCUGUUCAUGUGAUCACACUCCAACCGGUUCCCUAGGAUGGAUUAAUUAUAUUGAAAUGGACUAUUUCAAGAUUGAGAUGGCUUCAAGGGUGCCGCCUAUGCUGUCACAGGCACUGUGAUGGGAAAUAUUCAGAGGUAUGACGUAUAUUCAGGUUUAUGAUGAUUUCCUUAACUAUGGUAAAUAGAUAACGUCUACUUUAUGGAAAGGCACCAUUCCAAGUUAACCAUGAAAAUCCUUCAUCCUGUAUUGGAUAUAAAACCAAUCGGCUGAGUGCAUCAGUAUGCCAUUGUUGUAGCACCAUACAGUGUAUGAUGGGAAACCUUGUACGUACAAUGUAGGCCUUUGUGUCUGUUUGUUUGAUGAGCAUUGAAUGUGAACAAAAAUCUCCACAUACCCUUAGUUCUCAAGAUGUUUCAUGAUGACUGUGACCCAUACAAAGGGAAUGUAUAACGUUUCCCACUGAACAGAUUGUAAAUGCCUUUACUGAAUGUAUGGUCAAUAUUCAGAAGCAGUCUUCUGAUUAGGCCUACAGUCCAACCUUAUUAUCAGAACUGAUGCAUAAAAUCUCAGGACUUGGGUUAGAACUCAUCUUGAUAUCCAGAUGUGUACACAACAUAUUGUGUUUUUAGUCUAGGCUUACACAAAUUGUAAAUAUUUAGUUGAACUACUAUAUACCCUUACAAGACUAAUAUAAUUGAUGAUAUAGAGUCUGGCUCAUUGAGACUGAUAACUUGAAAUGGUUGGGUUUAAAUGUUCAAUUUGUGUUUUAUAUGGGGUUGUGUUUUACUUGGGUUUAUCAAUGUAAUGCUAGGAUCUAAUGAGUUACUGUAAGCUAUUAACUAUCUUCCAAUGCUUUGCCACCCUACAUAGUGAACUUGUCUGUAGUGGGUGGUUCUGGAGUGAUCUAGAGACAAAGGUAGUUCAACAUCCCUGGACAAAUUAGCCAUUGAGGAGAGUACACUCUUUACUAUAACCUUUGAACUCACUUUAUUUUCAUACAUAUCACAUAAUGAUGGCACUACUUCAAGCCUGCUGUUUAUCAGAUUUCUUUCUUUUAAUGCAUACCUCUGUGCAUUGUCAAAACAAAUGUUAUUUUUAUUUAAACUAUCGGUUAAUCUUCGCAUUCAGGGGGAUGUAGGGGUAUACUGUUGUUUGAAUGAAUGAACACAGAAUUGGUGUUGGUGAAAAUGAAAUAAAAUGGUGAUUGCCUUUUG